GGGAGUCGCUCAUGCGUGCUCCGAUUUGCUGGGGCAUUUAACCGCAGUAAUCUCAGAAAUAAAUGUUAGGAUUUACUGUAUCACAAGUACAGUUCCGCUCUUGUUGCUGUUUUCAACGGUCCUCAACGUUAACGAUGGCGCUGUCGUCUUCACAACAGCUGGUGAUGGCAUUCGCGGCUGUGAUGUUCGCGUUCGUGGUUUUCCCCAGAAUGUUCGGCGGCGGGGCUGUAUCGAAAGAAACAAGAGGGUUCGAUCCACGUUUUAACAGAAAAGGUCCAGGUUCCAAAGGACACCAAUUCAACACGAACACCGUGGGCUCGAAGCCUCAGACGAUUGAAAACAUGCAGCAGAUGAAGAAAAUGAUGGAGCAGGAAUUAAAGAGCGAGAAGUACAACAAAGGCGAUAGCAAAGGCUAUGUGUUCACCUUGAUGCCCCUGUAUGCCAUCGGAGUCGGUGUCUUUGCGGCAUACAAGUUUUUAAAGAUUAAGUCAAAAGAGGAAGAAAAGGCUGCACAGGACAGGACUGCCAAAGGUGCGAAACGGUCUGAGGAGACAGAAAACCAGCUGAAUGAACUCGAGCAGCGUUUAGCACAAACGGAGAAGAUGCUGAAUUCAAUACUUGCUCAGCUGGAUCCACUGACUAACUGUGUGAAGUCUGUGGCAUUUGAGCAGAAGAAUGAGAUCAUGUCUCAGCUCCAGUGCAUCAGACACCUGAUGCAGAAGAGGGGAAUGGCCUGGCCUCCGAUAAACCUUGAAGAGCCUUCGUGUGAGAGGAACCUGGAGGAUCUCAUCGAGUCACUGACUGCGGAGGAGUACCGGUCAGAAGUGUCCCCAACACACGAGCAGGGGAGCCCUGGGCAAGAGGAGGUCCUGGAGCAUAUGGAGGACAAAGCGGAGAGUGACAGGGAGGAGGGGGAGGAGGAUGAUGAAGACGAGGAGGAGGAGGAGGACAGUGACAGUGACCUUCACAUGUCUGCCCUAGAGGACUCCAGUGAUUCAAACACUGAGGACCUGGGGAGUGUACCAGUGAAACACCAGGGAACUGGGCUGAGGCGGCGGCACAAACCCCAAUGAACCUGAAUGUUUUUAACACUGAAUAUGAACUCUUUUUCUUGGCAACGUUCUUUUCUUUGAGAUGUGUAGGAGUACAUUGAAGCAUACAUCAAAACAAUGAUACCCCCCCCCCC